AUGAUAUCGGUGGAAACAACGCAGAGCGGAGCUCCUACAGCGGAAUGGGCGGUGGAGAAGGACGAGCCACGGUCGGCCAACUGGGAUCCCGCAUCAUUCGAAGAACAGUUACAAAAUAGUGGGAGCGCUUCCUCGUGGAAACAUGACUCCAAAAAUAGAAACAAACAAAGUCGUCUCCAGGAUAUAUCCUUUGAAUUUGAUUCGGCAGUGGAUAAGGAGCAGCCGUGGCCGUUUGACUCAAGCCCCUGCGCUUGGCGAGCAAAAGUGCCUAAUACGAAUGAGAAAAUCAACCAGCAGCUCUAUGAUCUCACGUUUGUUGCAAGGAACAACUGCGACAAAAAAGUUGAUGACAUGUAUGAAAAAACGCACGUUUGCCCAAAAGAAAUCUGCGGCUUCUCUCCUUGUAGCGACAGCAGUACCUCCAGCAGUGACAAAAGCGGAGGCCAUUCGUUCUGUGGAGACAUUGAUGAUGCAUCUGGUUUCCACUCACGCAAUACGUGUGCUUCGUCGUCUAGACGGUCGCAAAGGAGCGACCACCUAUUGAAACUUGCAAGUGGACCACACCGACGGGAACAAUCCUACUAUCAAACAUUGGCUUGGAAUCGCAGGACGGAGUCCAUGGAUUCAAAUGAUGCCUUGGAUUGUAACUUCGAGUAUUCGCCUCCGACGAAACCGUCAGGCUCACGUACACAUAAGCGAUCAGGCUCUGAGACCAACGUAAGGAAGAGAAUCGAUAAAAGCAAUCAGAAUGGACAAGACCCGCUGGCUGCUUCUUGCCAUGGCCAGAUAGAGACUAAAAUCAGGAAAAAUGUGCGCCGAAAAACAACUAGAGAUAAAGAUGCCUUGUCAGCUACAUGCCAUGGGCAGAUUGAGCAAAUCGAGCAGACAGUCAGCAAAGUUCGUCGCUCGAGUCGUCGUCCAAAACGCCGAGAAGAGGAUGACCCAGUUGCAAUGCCCGGCGAGCAAAUUCAACCGGUUCAAACAAUACGGAACGACAACGUUGCAUUGUCGACGUCUUCGGCAAAAGGCCAAAGCGAAUAUGGUGCGGAUCUAGGAGGGGCAUCUGUUCACGGUACGGUCUCUAUCAGCCGCGUCCGCAGCAACACACAGACGCGUUGUAUCGAUCCGUUGCGGAACGCUUCAAAACGAAAAGAGAUCAAGGUCAAGGCGGACCAUCAAGGACAAAAGAGUCGUGGCAUGCCCACUGUACAUAAUCAGUGCUCAGAGGAAUCUAGCCAUGGAAGAAAUGUCGACAACAAAGAGUUGAAUAUUUCGCGAUCUUCAGGCCGUCACAAAAUGCGACAGGAACGGUCUUCCUUGCAACCUUCGGCUGCGCAGCACCAGAAGCCAGUAUCCUCGCGAAUUUUGAGCAACUCAAGAUCAUCUCGACAUCUGAUUCGCUCUGGAUCUUCCAAAAGCAUGGACGACUCAAGCUCUCGGAUAAGAUCAGGUCCCCAAAGCGCAUCGCGUAGCACAAGCUUCUUAGAGCCAAAAGACACGCAAGUCAAUCAGAGCAGCGAUCGUAUAGAGACUGAUUCGGAUGAAGAGUUCGCUAUCGAUGGUUUGGGAUCUCGGACUAAGGAUAUAUCCAUGGAUCGACUCGGGAGCGCGCGUUCCAUGCUUCGUAGACGGCCAAAUAUCAUCGGACCGCGCCGGGACCUUCUCGUUUUGUUAAAAGAAAAAAAGGCUUUUUCGAAAAACGAUUUCAUGAACAAAGAAAACCGACGACUUUUGCACUUCAUCACGUACGAGCGGCAAAUGGGUGUGUCAAUGAAGGCCCUUCACAGAACCAUCAAAAAGGAAAUGGCGGAGACCUGCAGUGAUUUGGGGAAAAGAGGGGUCCCUAUUGAAAAGGUGGUUUCCCAAUCGGACUAA